AUGCCUCCUAAGAUUGGAAGGGGCAACGGGGCAGUACAAGUACCAGGGAUGUCAAGUGGCGCCUCACAGAGGGGCUUAGUCUCCGCUUCCCGUGGUCCCUGCGGGUACUGUGGGAAGCCGAAUCACACGGAGAAGGUCUGUUUGAAGAAAGAAAGAAAAUGUCUGCGUUGUGGGAGUGCAGAUCAUCAAAUCGUAAAUUGCCCAAGCCGAUCUCGAGAAUGGAGUAGGAGCCAACAACCCACCACGACCAACCCUGACCAGUCGAAGGGGGAGAAAAAUGGACCAAAGGUGUCGGCUCGGGCGUAUGCCCUAGAGCAACAUCAAGCCCCUGACUCGUUUGAAGACGUGGAAAAUAAGAUUCUGUUAGAAGCACAAUACAUUUCCCAGAAUUCAAGAAUCAUGGCUUCAAGAUUGGCUUUUUGCAUAGCUAUAGUUCUCAUCUUCCUCUGGAGUGUUGCUGAUGCUUUUGUGUAUUCACCACCUAAAAUCUUCAAUGUGGUGAACUAUGGUGCAAGAGCUGACGGAAACACAGAUGACAGUCAGGCAUUCCUUAGAGCAUGGAGUGAUGCAUGUCAAUGGAAAGGAAGCAGCACGGUCUUGAUUCCAGGGGGAACCUAUAUGCUGCAUUCAAUCACAUUUUCGGGGCCAUGUCUUGGAGAAAUGACAUUUUUUAUUAGAGGGACUCUUAAGGCUCCUACUAUUCCUGCUUUGUUCUUCACAGAUACUUGGAUUGGAUUUCAUUCUGUUGAUAAUUUGACUGUGACUGGGAGUGGAUAUUUGGAUGGUCAAGGUGCUUCUGCUUGGCAUUAUAAUGAUUGCUUCAAGAACUCGCAAUGCUUGCCCCUCCCUUCUAGCUUGAGGUUCGACUUUAUCAGAAAUUCCAAAAUACAGUACCUAAGUUCAAUCAACAGCAAAAAGGUCCAUAUCAACCUUUUUGCAUGCAACAACAUAGACAUCAGUUACGUUAGGGUGUCUGCUCCGGAGAACAGUCCAAACACAGAUGGAAUCCACAUUGGGGCAUCGACCAACAUCAAGAUAUCAAGAGUAAGCAUUGGAACAGGCGAUGAUUGUAUAUCCAUGGUUUCCGGCAGCCAGAACAUUGACAUUUCUGAAGUUAUUUGCGGCCCUGGUCAUGGCAUCAGCAUCGGAAGCCUUGGUAAAGGCUCUCAAAACCAAAAUGUUAUGGGCAUAAGCGUCAGGAACGCCACUUUCUGGAACACUGAAAAUGGUGUGAGGAUCAAGACUUGGUCACCUUCUUGGUCCAGUUUGACUUCAAAUAUUAGUUUCCAGAACAUCAUAAUGAAAAACGUUGGCAACCCCAUCAUUAUUGAUCAGAAGUACUGCCCACAUUGCCCACCAUCGGGUGGUGAAUCAGUCUCAAAAGUUCAAAUCAGAGAUGUAGAAUUCAACGACAUUUCGGGCACAUCCAGUUCAAAGGUUGCACUAUCUUUGCAAUGUAGCAAAUUGGUGCCAUGCCAAAACGUGAAGCUUGUGGAUAUUGACUUAGCUUACAAAGGCCUAGGAGUGCUUGCCAUUGCAUCUUGCUCUAAUGUUAUUGGUACUUCCUAUGGCAUACAGAAUCCUGGAGGUUGCCUUUAG